CAAAAGUACCAAAAUAUUGGUAACCAAGCAAUCGUUUUCUGCUCUCCGCGUGAAGUCGUGUGCGCUGCUCCAAGGCGAGCCCCAAUGUAGCUCUGGUCGCGAAAAACGCAGAAGCUUCAUCGCGCCAAGCAGUGCAUAACAUAGUGAGGAAAAAAUUAAGAAAAUUAAAAGAACAAAACCAAAGUUACGGGGAAUAUUAAAAUUAACAAACGCGCGCUCGUGAACGAAACUAGAGCUUUUUAACCCUGCCGGAAGGACUAAUCAGCUGUGACACCCGGCAAUGCACCAAGAUGAGCAGUAAGGAGCAGCAUGCAUUAGGCCGGGAUUUUAAACGCAAUUCGAACGCCUACGCCAGUCUGCCGCCAUCAGGAUCAGGAGUAGCACCCUCGGGAGCGGGGUUAGGAACGGGAACAGCGGGCAAAGCGCGCAGUAGAAAACAACAAUUGGAGCAGGAACAGUAUGGAUUAUCGAACAGUCUCUCCAGCGAAUCGAUACGACAGGCGUGUGCCUAUUACGACGACGAGUUGAGCGACGAGGACCUCAUUGAGAUCCAGCAGACGCCGCAAUCCUUUCACCAGCAGGCUAAACAACCUCUUCAGCUACAGCCUAUUAGCUUCAGAUUAGGAGAUGACCUUGGAGACGAAAGAAGUGCCUUUUGCGGUAGCCAGGAGAUGCAGCAGGCGCCAUUGAGCACGCCCAUUAAACAAGCUGCUGAAACGGACGAAGCCCUAUGUGUGCUUAGCGAACUGGAUGCCAUUCUGGAUGUGCAUGAUGUCUCUCAACUGAAUGGCACUUGCUCAAGCUCAUCCAUGAAUUCAGGCAGCGAUGAUGAUAAGGUGGAGGAUUACCUCAUGGACCUGGACAACUACCUGGAGGAGAUGGAUAAUGCGCUGAGCCGCGAAGAAUCCCUGAUCAUUAUGGGCCGCAACUCCAGCUUAAAAAGAGAACCCAGAACUCGAACUCUACCCUUAAGUAGGAAAAAGAAGUCCAAUAAAAAGAAAAGCGAAGAUCAAGAUGUUUCUGGAGAUUUUCAAAGGGAGCAUCAAAUAAGGAAGACCUUUAGCUGCUCGCUGAGGCCCACAAGCCAGACAGCUUCUUCUACUGCAUCACUGGAGGCAGCCACAGAACCCGUAAUGGACGUUUGGAGGCGUCAAUCCUUGCGUCGGGCUAUGGAGCAAGAGCAGGAUAAAACCAAAGUUACAGCUGAAAGGGAAAGAGAGGAAGACGAUGUGCCUACCUUAUUGGUAGAGCUCCCACCCAGACGGGAGGCUGAGAUUCGUCGUUGUUUCUCUCAAGGCGACUGUCAGACUUCAGCUGGAACUUCAGACGGAUCACAGAUGCUCACCGACGCGCACAUCUUUGACAACCUGCUACAGACGUCCGCAAGGGCUUCAAGCGAGGAACCGCGACCCCGGCAAUAUGGUCGCCGCUUGGAAGGACCUCCCACACCAGUUCGCAGCUUGAUUCUAGCCCAGAGUCGACCGCAGAGUGCUCCCACGCGUGUACAGAUGAGAGAACCUCAGAUACAGGAGACACCCACGCACCCCAUUAUGUCCACCUGCUCGGAAUUGAGUUCGGCGCGUUCAUCACGAAUGCCCAGUCCUGUAUCCCUGCCCUCAGAUAGCAGCAGCAGUGGAAGCAGCUCUGCUGAACAGGAACAGGAUCCGGUGCAGACCACGACAAUGUGCAGUGCCAGUAGCACCACGCCCCUGGAACCCCUACACCAACUCCAAUUGCUUCUGCGCGAGAAGUGCGGCUUCAACAGCCAGUGGCCACACUCUGGCAGUCGCACUCUGGCGCUAAUUGGAUGUACUUUAGGAGUCUUUAAUAUGUGCCGAUUUGCCGUGCUAACUAUUAAUUUUGGUGGCAACUUUCUUCUGCAAUUUCUCUUGCUCUCAGUGAUUUUCGGAAUCCCACUGCUAUGGCUUCAGAUGUGCCUAGGAGCUAAAAUUCGAGCUGGUCCGGUUUCAAUGUGGAAGAUCAGUCCGAUUUGUGCAGGAGUGGGUAUAGCAUUAGUGAUGGAACAAUGUUUCCUUGCCUUGUAUUCCACGGUAUCACUUGCCUGGAUUUUAGUCUAUCUAAGGGAUGUGUUCCCGACAGCAUCGCGGAGUGGAUAUCGCUGGCAGGAAAUGGCAUUUCCCUAUCGAUAUGAUGCCUCAAAUGCAACCGGAAAUCUCACGCAAACAGUGGCCGAGUACUUUAACGUGGUAGUGCUGCAGCGAUUGCAUCUGGCAAAGCAUCCUGAUGUAAGCGGAAUCCGUUUCCAUGUCAACGAUCGGCAGCUGGCCUUCUAUCUGGCCCUCAUCUGGGCGGCCGUGUUCCUCAUCCUCUGCAAGGGCCUGAAAUCCUUAGGCAAGUUAGCUUACAUUAUCUACACUCUGUCGUUGGUGGCUCUUGCGGCGGUGACCGCCAAGUUUGUCUAUGUCGUGGACCCCAGCAGGAUACAGAACAUAUUUGCGGCCAGCGAUUUUGACGAUUUUCUCGUAAAUUCAAAUAGCUGGACGGCUGCUACACAGGAGACCUUCCUUACCUGGGGCCUCUUAGGGGCCUCUGUAAUCGCCAUUACCAGCCGGAGCCACGCCAAUGCGAACAAGGCGGCACUGAGAAGAGAUGCUAUUCUUCUCGUCUUGUUUACCCUGAUCGGAUUAGGUUUAAUGGCCUUACUAGCUUUGUGUUGUGCUCAAAUUCUGUGGCAACAUGGAUACGUUUAUGUGCCAGGAUCAUUUGAAAAUCCUGAUUGCUACACUUCAAUUUAUUCCCUGCAAUCGAACACCAACCCUUAUCUGCUUUCCUAUCCGCGAUCGCUGAUUCCGCAUUACUCCUCAUUCAUUGGAGAGACCUACAGAAGAAACAGGACCAUGAUUCAUGUAGAAAGUGGCUUCCAGGCUUUGCGAUUCAUAUCGGAAAUCUUUCCGGCCGUACUCUCAUUGGCCAGCGAUAGUAUUUCGUGGGUGUGGGCCGCAGUUGCUUUUGGAACCUUUGCGGGAUUUGGUCUAGCGCAGCUGUGCGUGAUGUGGAAACCCAUCUCAAGUGCCUUAGGAAAUUCCACGAGUUCGGUUUUGCUCAGCUGUGUUACUGGACUGCUAUUAAGUAUCCCAUUUGCCACCGAGAUGGGAAUUGGGAUCCUAUACUAUGUAGACUUUCUACUUGGGGGCUCCUGGUUUAUUCCGAUCAUCUGGACCGCUCAAAUCUUUGGUGUAUUUCUGAUACGAGGACGUCCAUACAACGGAGAUGAUUUGGUGAAUGACCUUCGGCUUUGUGGUUCCAUGUCAGCUUUCCUGGCUUUGUCGUGGAACGUUUUGCUGCCCAUUGGCUUGAUUACGUUGUCUGUCGUAGACUACAAGGCCUCUUUGUCGAAUCAAUUUUACUAUUGGCGUGGCAAGUCGUACUUUACAUAUUGGUCCAGGAAGAUGGGCAGCCUUAUUCAGAUUGGAGUUCUAUUGGUAAUUCCUGUGACUGCUAUAAUUCAGAUCUACCGGUAUCUGGCGCAUGGUCCUUCGGAUAUCUUGGAGCGCAUACAGCUGCUUUAUCGACCGCCAGAGGAUGGAGAAGAGCCUCGUCGUCCCUCUGCUCGUCAAAGUGCGGGUCAAGGUCGUCGCAAUGCUGUGGGUCAGACAUCUGAUGGUACCCCGCACGAUGCCCAAAACGAUGCUCCGCCAAAGUACACACCACCUCCGUCCUACACCACGGCCACUGGAGCCCGCCUUGCCAAGCUUCUUCGUCAGAGCAUUCGCCGUAGCGUUCGCAGAGUUCUUGGGGACUCAAGUCGCACUCGCCCUGUGCUCUCCCUCGAUGCAGAGUCCGCAUCGCCGGCGGCACCGCCUGAUUACCUUACCAUACUGACCAACCCAGCUGGCAGUAGCUCCAAUGCAGAUCCUUCGGCUGCAUCCAGCAGCAGUCCCGAGUCCAUUGAAAUUGGUCAGCGUCCCGCUGGCUACGCUCAACGCUCGCAAUCGCUGGGCAGAAAACUGCAUCGCUCAGGGGCUUCGACACUAGAGAGGCGCCCAUAUACGGCGGAGGAUGUGGUGACCAUACUGCGCUCCUCGGUGCGACACCGCCAGUCGCAGGGAGGUGGGCAUGUGGGCACUGCCAGCACCCUGCCCCGACCCCCAACCGCCGCCAUGUCCACCCAUUUGGAGGACGCCUCGUUCCGUUCCAUAGAAAAUCUUGUUCUUAACGCCGAGCCACCAGAUAGAACGCCCGGCGUGGAGCUAGAGCUCGAACUGGAGGCUGGACAAGCGGAGGAGUGCGCGCAAAAUAAUACAUCUGUGAUUUAACUGACUAAUAUCGUACCGUACAUAGCGUAACUCUUAUGCGAUCCACAUAUCCGCUUGCUUUUUUAGACUUGAUUAGCGCUAGUUAUCUAAAUACGAAUAUUACUUUGUAGUUAUGCGAAUAAUAAUGAAAACAACUAGUUGGUA